GGACCAUCGCACGGGAGAGGGUGCAAGAAGAACUGGGCCCAUGACCACGUCAGCGCCGACUCAGGGGGGACAAUGGCUUCAAUUUAAUCGACCAUGGCUCAGUAAUAUACUCCGUCCAUUUCCCCCCUCACGUAUGAUCCUGCGUUGACUUGUGACCAGUGACAAUGUCAAGCGGACCGUCGUGGGGCCAGUGGUGCAGUCUAAGAGCACUAAGCCUUGGGAUCGGCUUCCUUUUGGACGUUUGGGGUAAAGUAGGGCCGCUAUCGUUUGAUGAAGAGUUGAACCGCCAAUCCAGUUUCAGCAGGCUAUCUCGAAUCAGCCUACGAUACCCAAUACUAUGGCUAGUUGGCCUGUACCCACCGCACCAUAUCUGCUAAGCCUGUCGUAAAUGCACAAGCACAACAGAACGCCGAAUUGGGGGUGACUUUGCCCAGGACCAUCUAUCUAUUUGUUAAUUCCGCUUGGUCUUUCGGUUUCCC